UACUCUUCAUCCUAAUAUAUUCAUACACAUAUAAACACAUAUUCCGAUAGAAAACAACUUUGUUUUCUUUUUAUCUCCUUUAAUUUUUUGAAAGUUACGACCAAACAAGAAGAAUGAAGACAUUCAAGAUAUCCUAUUUCGUUGUGGUACUCAUAACGUUCUUGGCCAUUGCUAUAACACUUAGCGAACCGCUAAGGGUUGAGGCGAGCCACCGAGACAGAUACGGUCUGGUGAUUACCGCUACACAAGGUAAAAAAGGUGGGAACCGUACAAGUGCAAUGACAUGUGACAAAAGCCCCAAAGUAUGUCGACUCAAAGGCAGUUCAGGUCGCGAUUGUUGUCGUAAAAGGUGUGUGGACUUGAGGACCAACAAAUUGAACUGCGGAAGAUGUGGGAAAAGCUGCCAAUACUCAGAAAUUUGUUGCAAGGGAUACUGUGUAAACCCGAUGUUCGAUAAGAGACAUUGUGGAGGUUGCUUUAAGAAGUGCAACAAAGGGAGAUCGUGUGCAUAUGGGAUGUGCAGCUAUGCUUGAAGAAACAAUAGGGGUACAACCGUAUAAGGUUACUGAGAAAGGGAUGUUUAAUUUGUUGGUUCAAAUUGGUUUACAAUCACAUUACAAUCUAAACUUAAAAUAUUAUAUAGCUAGCUUGAAUAAGGUUGGUCAACUCGAAAAAAGGUUGGUCAAUUUGUUACUAAAAUUAGAAAGGCUCUUGUAAAAGUUUGUCAUCAUUAUUGUGUUAUUGUUUAAUUUUAUAUUCAUGUGGCAUGUAACAAACCAAUGUAUUAUGUUGUUUACUUGUAUGAUUAAUCUAAAAUUUAUUAUGUUUUAUACUUUAUAUGAUGUAAUGUAAUUCAUCUUAAUUUAUUAAAGUUUGUAAAAAUUACAACAAAGAGAGGUAACUUGUGAGUUUUUAUACAUAAAAUAGUUAUCAAUAAAAAAAUAAAAAUAGAUUUGAAAUAUUUUUUAUAAAUAAAAAUAAAAAAUACAUUAAAAUUUUCAUUAAAAAAUUAUAUUUAAAAUAGAUAUAUAAAUUGGAGAUUGCCUUACUAGGUAUAAUCCUACCGUUAAGAGCUUACUGUGGAUCUUGAACACAACACCAAAGAAAAAAUAUAACAUCUCAUGAAUGAAAAAAAGUGAAUACAUAUGAGAAUCACAUUAAUUUGUAUGAUUAUGUUGGGGAUGCAAGAAAGCAGUCACAGCUUACAAAGAGAACUAUGGCAGUAUUUCAUUUCAAAAAUCUUAUAUUUAAAAAUCAGAUAUAUAGAUUGGAGAUGCUAACUAGGUAAACUUACCGUUAAGAUAUUACUGUGGAUCUUGAACACAAAUAAAGAACUAAAUAUAACAUCACAUGAAUAAAAAAAAAGAAUAAAUAUGAGAACCACAUUAUUUUGUUUGAUUCUGCUGGGUGGCUAGAGGACCAAGCUAACAAUUAGUUAGACACAUGAAAUUUCCGUGAAGACGAAGCUCUGCGAUUCCAAAAUAUCAUCUGAUAAACCUACCUACACUUUCCUCCUUGCUCUUUAAGACAAUAUGGACAGAAUCAGUGGAUUAUCAGAUGAAUUACUGGUUAAGAUACUAUCCUUUCUUCCGACAGAAGAUGCUGUCUCAACUAGCGUUUUGUCCAAACAAUGGAGGUUUCUUUGGAUGUGGUUGCCAAAACUCGAGUACCAUGACUAUUACGCCACUAAUCCCCCCGACACUUCCGACUUAAGGUACCCAGACUUCAUCGACAAGAAUCUGCCCUUACAUAAAGCCCCCUGCCUUAGAAAGCCUGGUCCUAAAAUCAUGUAACGCUGAGCUAUUCCAACCCGAGAACAUCAAACUAUGGGUUGGAAUCGCGGUUUCUCGCUGCGUGCGUGAGCUAACUCUAAGCAUACGCUAUAACUCGCCCCGUAACAAACCUUUCGUGCCACUGCCGAGUAGCUUCUACACCUGCUGCAGCUCCCUCACGGCUUUGAAACUCAAAGGGGAGUCUAUCUUCGUGGACGUGCCUCAAAGUGUUAAUCUCCCUUCCUUGAAGACGUUGAAGCUUCGAGACGUUACUUACUUAAACGACGACGCUCUUCGACUGCUUUUAUCUAAUUGCACUGCUCUUGAAGAGCUUUUUAUCGACCGAUACGGAGAGGCCGAUGACAAUGUGAGGGCGCUAGUUGUUGAGAACUCUACUCUGCAGCGUUUGACCUUGAAGAUGUAUAGUGAUCAUCUUGAUGUGCAGCAUGUCAUCGUUACUCCUUCUCUGAAGUAUUUUAAACUCUAUGAUGAGGGACAUGAUUUAUCCUAUUCGAUUGAGCAUAUGCCGAAGCUAGAGGAGGCGGAUAUUGAUGUUUCAAGUUCUCUCGACGAGCUUCUUGGAUCAAUGACACCCGUCAAACGCCUUUCAUUACGUCAGUUUUUUAACCGUGACGAUGAGUCUGUGCUUACUGUUGGGUCUUCAACCAGCUUGAACAUGUGAAGCUGUCUUUCUACAGCGACGACUGGUCCAAGUUGCUUGUCUGGUUGCUUAGAAAUUCUCCUAAACUGCGAGAACUCAACAUUUACGUUGAUCAAAGUGAUUCACAGUUUCAGGACUAUGCCCCGGUUGAGUGGAAGAAUCGCAGCUCUGUUCCUGAAUGUUUGCAGAACACUCUCGAAACUUUCAAAUUUGAAGGGUUCAAGGGAACACAAGAAGAAGGGGAUUUCUUGAGUUUUUUCUUCAAAAACGCGUCUUGCUUGAAGUCUACAUCGAUCACUGACUAUGUUACACAAAGAGGUUAUCGAUGGCGCUGAAGAAUGGGAGCAGAGUGUGGCGACAAAACUCGCAGCGCCAUAGAGUAUAAACCAUGUCAGUUACGAAUCUGAAUCACAAACAGAAUGGUGUAAAGCCGACUCAAAACAUGUCCCGUGCUUUCUCUUUGCAAGAAAAUUCACCAAAGAAGCAGCUAUGCGCCCUGUGACUUGUGAGCGAAGGACUAAUAGAAUCAUCUAUAAACACAACGUUAUAAGUUAUAACUCUUCAACAGUGUCGGUAAGUUUUUAGGUUUACAAACUGAAGAAGGCAACAUAUUCUUCUUUAGGUCAAGCAACAAAGAACAUACAUAGAGUAGGGAAUACCAAUUUGAUACAUUAGACAUCACUAAGGAAAUGAAAUUUUGUUUCGUGUUAGAGGUUUCUAUUAAUAUGCCUGAAGAAACUAGUUUUGAUUUAUACAACAUUAUUCUAUAAUUUAUUCGAAUACACAAUCGAUAAA